CCAGCAAAACUUAAUCUGUAAGUAGGGAACUGGAAGUUACCUACAGGCUAUUCACCUACAGGCCAAACUUACCUACGUAUUUACCAACCGGCCGGGAAGGGACGUAGGAUAAAAAAAAAAAAAAGGUCAUCACGAAGUUUCCUUCUUUCGGGUUCGUCACGGUUGGUUUUUUACUGUAAUUAUAUCGAACUCCACAUUGUUGAUACAAAAUCAACAGGGAUCGUGGGAAAAUACGUAUAUGUAUAAUCAGACUCAACUCUGAUAAUUACUGACCUAGAGUUUUCGGUGAUACCAUCCGCGUCACCUUCUCUCUGUCUCUGUCUCUCUCUCACUCUCUCAUCAUUGUCCUCAUCCCCAUAAUCAUCAGCAGUAGCACAGUUGGUGCCUCGAUGCGAAUAUUAUCCAUUGAGAUUGCUUAAAUAGAUGAUUGAGACGAUAAAUUCGGGAGGUAUUGGCGCUGGAUGAGGCAUCUAUCGCCUUUGCGCAUUGCUGAGUCAGGCCUCGCUCGACUUUUUCGAUCGUCAUCAGGGUUCUCUUCAGGAAUCUCUACAGGAAUCUCUACAGGAAUCCCUCCAGGAAUCCCUUCGGCAUCCUCACAACCUUCAUUGUCGUCGCCACGGUGCGCAUCAACUUCCAAUAGCCAACCCGGACACACCAUCUGUCUCACACGUCCAUUCACUACGGAGACACGUCCACGUUACCAAUCGACUUCCACAGUCAUGAAUGGAACCAGUCCAACCUCGCGCUCUAAGCGCAAAGCUCCCUUCUCCCCCGAGGAGCACGGCCGCCCUCAUAAAUACCUCCGACCCGUAAACCGAAAACACUCCCCGAGCGAAAAUACGCCAGACACCGAAUUGCCCAGUUUUAUCGAGAACGAUAUGGCUACAGAGGAAGAUUUAGCGCUGCUCUUUCCCCCCCAAGCUGCACCCGAUACCGCAGAAUGGCAGGCUACCAUAGAGAAGGUUGUUAGAAACGUUGUCUCUAUCCGCUUUUGUCAAACUUGUUCUUUCGACACCGAUGCUGCCUGCGCCAGCGAGGCCACCGGAUUUGUCGUCGAUGCUGAGAAAGGAUAUAUCCUUACAAAUAGACACGUUGUCGGCGCGGGGCCUUUUUGGGGUUAUGUUGUAUUCGACAACCACGAAGAAGUUGAUGCGUAUCCUGUCUACCGGGACCCCGUCCACGACUUCGGUAUUCUACGCUUCAACCCCAAAGCCAUCAAAUACAUGCCUGUUUCGGCUCUCCCUAUCCGUCCAGAUCUAGCAAAAGUUGGCGUGGAAAUAAGAGUUGUCGGAAACGAUGCCGGCGAAAAGCUUAGUAUCCUCUCUGGUGUCAUCAGUCGGUUAGAUCGCAAUGCCCCUGAAUACGGCGAGGGGUACAGCGAUUUCAAUACAAAUUACUAUCAAGCCAAUGCCGCUGCUAGCGGUGGUAGCUCUGGCAGUCCGGUCGUCAAUAUCGACGGGUUUGCCAUAGCACUACAAGCCGGUGGGAGGUCCGAUGGUGCAUCCACUGAUUAUUUUCUACCUCUCGAUAGACCGUUGAGGGCUCUCCGCUGUAUACAGGAAGGUCGACCGGUCGAGCGAGGCACUAUUCAGUGCCAGUUCAUUAUGAAGCCGUUUGACGAGUGUCGUAGGCUUGGGCUGACACCGAAUUGGGAGAAGGCUAUUCGGGAAGCAUUUCCUAAGGAGACCAAUAUGCUUGUGGCCGAGAUUGUCCUCCCCGAAGGCCCCUCGCACAAUAAGAUCGAGGAAGGAGAUGUGCUUCUAAAGGUGAAUGGUGAAAUGAUCACCCAAUUUAUUCGCCUGGACGACAUCUUAGACUCCAAUGUUGGCAAAACCAUCCGGGUGACCCUGCAACGAGGUGGUGAAGAUGUCGAUAUUGAUAUCCAAGUUGGAGAUCUUCAUGCGAUUACACCGGACCGUUUUGUAACUGUCUCCGGUGCGAGCGUUCAUAACCUAUCCUACCAACAGGCACGUCUCUACGGAGUUGCCAUCGAGGGUGGCGGUGUCUUCGUUUGUGAAUCGACUGGUUCUUUCCGUUUCGACAGUGCAGAUAACGGGUGGAUGAUCCAGAGCAUUGACCAGAAGAAGACACCUAACUUGGAGACUUUUAUCGACGUCGUGAAGCAAAUUCCUGACAAGAAGCGUGUUGUAGUUACGUACAAACACCUCAGGGACCUACACACGCUUAACACCACAAUCAUCAACGUCGACCGGCACUGGUCCGCUAAGAUGCGGCAGGCGACACGGAACGACGUAACUGGCUUAUGGGACUUUGAAGAUAUUGCCGAUGCCCUACCCCCUGUACCCCCAGUACGACGCAAGGGCGCUUUCAUCCAGCUGGAGCACACAUCGCACCCAGCUGUAGCUGAUUUAGUCCGCAGCUUUGUACGUGUAGGUUGCACGAUGCCUCUGAAACUAGAUGGGUUCCCUAGGAAUAGAAAAUGGGGAAUGGGUUUAGUGAUCGAUGCUGAGAAGGGGUUGGUGAUCAUCUCGAGAGCAGUCAUUCCUUACGACCUGUGCGAUAUCUGGAUCACCAUCGCCGACUCUAUCGUUGUCGAAGGAAAAGUUGUUUUUAUGCAUCCACUUCAGAACUACGCAAUUAUUAAGUAUGACCCGGAACUCGUCGACGCACCGGUGUUAAGUGCGCGGCUUAGCAAAGAAAGCAUCACCCAGGGAGCGUCGACAACUUUCAUCGGAUAUAAUAGGAGUGGUCGAAUCGUGCAUGCUGCCACCACAGUCACUGAAAUAACUACGGUAGCCAUUCCUGCCAACUCGGGCGCGCCGAGAUAUCGGGCCACAAAUGUUGAUGCCAUUACCGUAGACACUAAUCUUAGCGGUCAGUGUGGAAGCGGAGUGCUUGUUGACAAGGACGGGACUGUACAAGCCUUGUGGCUGACUUACCUAGGCGAAAGAUCUUCUGGGUCGAGAGACGAAGAGUAUCACUUGGGGCUUGCUACGCCGACUCUACUACAUGUCGUAUCACAAAUUCAGCAAGGUCAGGACCCGAAAUUACGUAUGCUACCCAUGGAGUUCCGACCCGUUGCCAUGUCCCAAGCUCGUGUCAUGGGCGUUUCCGAGGAGUGGAUACACAAAGUCUUCUCGGCCAACAAGCACAACCAUCAGCUUUUCAUGGUUUCUAAAUGUACCUUUGAGCGCGAUAACCGUCCCGCUGUCUUGCUCGAGGGUGACAUAAUUCUGACCCUCAACGGGAAGAUCAUAACCCGCGUAUCGGAGUUGGAUGUCAUGUAUUCUCACGAGGUUCUCGAAGCUGUUAUUGUCCGAGAGAGUCGAGAGAUGUGUCUCCAAGUCCCAACUUCACCGGCCGACAACCUAGAAACGAACCACGCCAUUUCAUUCUGUGGAGCCAUCCUUCACGUCCCUCAUCUUGCUGUUAGACAGCAGAUCAGCAAGCUCGCAAGCGAGGUAUACGUUUCAGCAAGAAGUAGAGGCUCGCCUGCAUACCAAUACGGGCUUGCACCAACCAACUUCAUCACACACGUCAACGGCAAGCCGACACCGGAUCUCAAGACUUUCCUGGAUAACGUAGUUAAGAUCCCAGACAAUACCUAUUUCCGAUUGAAGGCCAUGACGUUUGACAACCAACCAUGGGUUAUCACCAUGAAGAAGAACGAACAUUACUUCCCUACAGUGGAGUGGAUCAAGGACGGUUUGGAACCUUGCGGCUGGCGACGCAUUACGUACGAGAGCGGUAAGCCGGUGGAGGGCGAGCCGACGGAUGGAAUCCUCUCCGUGCAGGACGGUGAAGAUGUUGACGAUAUGGAUGACGGUGGAAUUUAGACGUUCUCGCCUGUUUGUGGGAUCACCAAACAACAUCACUAGGUUCUACGACUAGGCAUAAUAUUUGUUCUCUACUAGAGUUCGCUGUACAUAAUUAACUGCCGUACAUAACCAAGUUAUAUAGCAUCGCCUCCUGUGGCGGCUUGGUUAUCAUACCUAGGCCAAAUGUCUUGAUUACGUACCUUUUAUAGUUUCUGUGGUCAAGCCUGGGUUCCUUACAAUAAACACAGUAUUGAUUUCA